GCUUUCCCUUCCAUUCACUACUCCCGUCACAUCUCCACCACACAAAGACCAGACCCCAACCAUUGUUCUCCCCCACAAACACCGACCUCACUCCACCACCACCACCACCACCACCACCACUUCACAUCUCUAUCGUAUCGCAUCUGCGUGUGCCAAUCGAAAGUUCUUCCUCCAUAUCAUCAACAACAACAACAACAACACAACCACCCAUCAAUUUCAAGAUGCGUUCCUUCAUCGUUGUCGCCGCCCUCUCCGCCAUCGCCAGCGCUCAAAACUACUCCGUCGGCGCCAACGGCCAGCUCAUGAUCGAUGCCAGCCAGAUCAGCACCGGCGAGCGCCAGUCAUGGUGUCUGGGACAGCGCAACAACUGCCCCAAGGUCUGCGAGGGUCCUGCCAACCCCAACUCAUGCGACUCCAACACACUCGAGUGGACCUGCACCUGCACCAAUGGCAACACUCCCAACAUCACCGACUACACCGAGAUGGUUCCCUUCUACAUCUGCCAGCAGUGGAUAGCCAACUGCGUCGCCAGCAACCCCAAUGACGCCACCGCUCAAUUCGGAUGCCGCUCCGUUGUCUGCGGUAGCCAAAAUGCCUCCGCCUUGGCCGUCGAUUCUUCCAGCAGCAGCAGCUCCUCUUCUUCUCCUUCCUCCUCCACGACCGGCACACCUACCACGAGCGGCGGAUCCUCUGGCACCCGGCCGACUGAAUCCGCUGCUGCCUCCAGCUCCGGCGCUGCCGUUGCUCUCAACGUCGCUCAGAGUUACGGUUCCGGCAUCCUCGCCGCUGGUCUCCUGGCCAUUUUCGGCUUGGCUCUGUAAAAGAAUGAGCGUGGGACAACAUACAUACAAAAAGAAUUGGGAAUUGCUUCACAGCAAGAAGGAUAAGACAGCACGGAGGUCUCUGGGAAGGAGAUGAAGGACACGGUCGGCUUCUGCGCGGAGGCGGCAGGGCUGAUGGCUGAUCGUUCGCCCAAGACUUGACGGUUCACGAAGGUUACGCAUGAGCGAGUUUGCGCGCAUAAUUGUUUGAUAGUGUUGUUUUCUGCUGUGCGAGAGGAUGCAUUGGAAAGGAUGCAUGUGCUGUGGGUGCUGAGAAGCUAGUAGUGCUUACAGUAUGUAAUUCGAGGGCGCCAUACAAAGCGCUGUAAUGGAACCAAAACGAGUUCAACU